GGGCCCGGGGGCGGGCAGCAGCGGAACUACAAGAACAUGACGCGCGAGAGGCGCAUCGAGGCGAACGCGCGCGAGAGGACGCGAGUGCACACCAUCAGCGCGGCCUUCGACACGCUCCGGAGGACGGUGCCCGCCUACUCGCACUCGCAGAAGUUGUCCAAGCUGUCCGUGCUGCGGAUAGCCUGCUCCUACAUCCUCACGCUCUCCAGGGUGGCCGGCAUGGACUACUCGGCCGACCAGAGCGAGCCGCCCGUGCAGGAGUGCGUCGACCUUGUCACCAAGACCAUCCAGACGGAGGGCAAGCUAAGGAGGAAGAGAGACGACUGAGAGACUUUACCCACGUGCACUCCGUACACUCGUGCCUGCACCAGUCAUUGUGCUCUAUUGACAUUCUUGGCAAUGUGCCAUUGAAGUUUGGGUCAUCGGGCUGUAAAAUCGUCGCACACAUAAUUUCCUUUUGUUUGAGUAUCUAAGUGUCCAUUAGAAUGUUGUGAUUGAUUUGUUACGACAAACCCUGAAAAACGACCUGCUAGCAGAGACCCGAGGAGUGAGCUACGCGAGCUAAAUCCCUACCCAUCCCCACACCGUCGAAGAAGGGGUCUAGCUCGUGUAGCUCGGUCGGGGCGGGCCUCUUACCUUUCUAGAUCUGAAAUUCAAGUUUACCUGUCCCUUGCCAGCCUUGACAGAUAUGGCUGGAUGAAUUAAUAAAACUGCAAUAACUUUUUAAAAGCUCUUAAUGUUAAUCUCUGCAUUUUGUUAUUUAUUUUCCAUUGUAAUAAGAAAAUUCCUUCUGGAGAAUGAAUUUGAAGAAUCAUUUUCCAUUUGCUCAUUUUUCCAAUAAAAUGGAAUUAUAGAAUGCUCAUAAUGAUAGCAAUUAAUUAGGAUUUGAUUGGUAAUGGCGCUGUUGUACUUUGUUUCCUAACUAAUCCUGUUGUUUGAUCUCUGUGAAAUACACAGUACAUUUUAGCAAAGUUCUUAGUACAAAAUUUUAGAUUUGCUUGGUUUUCAAGGCUAAUAUGGUGAAUGUGAACAGAAGUUAUCAAGUACGUAAAUCCAGUGCAUUUCUCAGAUUUUCUAAUCUGUAUUAUUGUUUCUUGUCAAAUAGUAGUUGAUAAGGAUUAUUACUGAAAUUUAAAUAAGUUUUUGAGGCUCAAUUUGUAAUGCUCACCUCUAGUGCAACUUUUGGUCACAAUUGAGCUUCACAUAAGCACUAAGUGACCGUGAAAGAAAAAAAACGUUUUUUGAUUCUUGCAUUUGCAUUCAGUAACAAUUCUGUGGUAAUAGACCACUACAGUCAAUUACAGUAUCAAACCCACCAAGAUUAUUUGAAAUUCUGAUGGGAUCUCAGGUAAAAGCAGAAAAACCUCUCAUAAGACAAAUUUUACAAAACUGUUCAGCUAAUAGGACGGGUGCACAUAAGGCUGUUUACAAACUGCCACGUAGGAUCUAGUGUUUUCUAUCUGGUACAUUAAAAGAAAAAAUGUUAAGUAAGUCCUUUAAGCUCUCUGUAGAAAGGUAUGUUAAUGUCCUCUUCCCUCCGAAAAAAAGCUCCUUUCCCUUUUAUGUUUUUAUUUGUUGUAUUGCUGUGAUUAGAAUGUAUUCCUUAUGUACAAAUUAUGAAUGCCACAUAAUACAUAGAGAAAGCUUGGACUUCACACAUUGCUUUAUUUUGCUUUACAAUGAAGAGGAAUAUUGUUUAGCUAUGUGAGAUCUUCAGGCUUACUCAGCGUGGUAACUUAAAGUUGUGAUAUUUAUUCCAAAAAUUUGAGUUAUGUGAUGUUGCCUAUAUUUCAAGAUAAAUUAUGUAUUAAUAAAGUACAUAAUACAAUUAAUAAA